AUGUCCAACUUAACAUUGGCCAGUCAAAAACGUACACUUACGCAGUAUACUAACCAAUUACAAAAAGUUCUAACGUGCUUCAAAGAUGCACAGUUAGAAGACAUCAGUAUUCAAAACCUGCAAGAUGAGUUAACGCCCACCGUCAUUCGUACGAGACUACGGCAGUUAGAAGAAGGAGUGGCAGCCCUAAAAAACAUGACCAUAAAGAUUCAACGCGCACUGGACGAACUCGCUACCAUAUUCGAAAAGACACAUCCGACGCUACCAAAUAGCGAAAACGAGUUCGCACAACAUUCGAGUGCCGCCGAGAAAGCGAUAGGCAAUACGUUCGAAUAA